UAAAAAGUUUGUUAUUAUAAUAUAUUGCUUGCACUCGUUCGCGCAUUAAUAUUUUCGGAAAAAAUCAAUAUGGCUGCGCCCAUGGUCAACUUUUAUUUUCAGUUAAUAGCUUUUGCAUUUUUGCACCAGUGUGCAGGAACAAGUCCAGAGGAAUUCUUCAAAAGUGGACAUACAAAUAACUGGGCAGUACUUGUGGACACCUCUAGAUUUUGGUUUAAUUACCGACAUGUUGCCAAUGUUCUCUCCAUCUACAGAAGCUGUAAAAGACUUGGAAUACCUGAUAGUCGCAUUAUUUUGAUGGUGGCAGAUGACAUGGCAUGCAAUCCCAGAAAUCCCAGGCCUGCUACUGUUUUCAACAAUGCCAACAACCAGAUUAAUGUGUAUGGAGACGACGUAGAAGUGGACUAUCGUGGAUAUGAGGUAACAGUGGAAAACUUCAUUCGAGUUCUGACUGGCCGAUUGCCCCCUAGCACCCCAAGAAGUAAACGUCUGCUGUCUGAUGAACACUCCAAUGUUUUGGUGUAUAUGACAGGUCACGGAGGUGAUGGAUUUCUAAAAUUCCAAGAUGCAGAGGAAAUUUCCAAUGUUGAACUAGCAGAUGCUUUUGAACAAAUGUGGCAGAAGAGAAGAUACCAUGAGGUGUUUUUCAUGAUUGAUACAUGCCAGGCGGAGUCCAUGUUCCAGAAGUUCUACUCCCCCAACAUUCUAGCCGUGGCCAGCAGUAAAGUGGGAGAGGACUCGCUCUCACAUCACGUGGACCCAAGCAUUGGUGUGUAUGUCAUUGAUAGAUAUACAUAUUAUGCACUAGAAUUUUUGGAGACGGUCACUCCUGGCAGUAAGAAAACCAUGGGACAGUUUCUUGAGGUUUGUCCCAAAUACCAGUGCAUAUCAACAGUUGCUAAACGUACGGACCUGUUUAGGAGAGAUGUGAACAAGGUGCUACUGACAGACUUCUUUGGCAGCGUGAGGAACGUAGAACUCCUCCCAGACUCCAUUCAUCUUCAGAACACAACUCUCCGUACACACAGGGAAGAUUCAUCAGAUGUUAAAAGUGACAAACCUCUGAACUACGCACAACAGUUUCCCAUGCCAGUGUGACCAGGAGAAAAGAUUGUAGCCAAUCGAGAGUUCUUGAUCCAUAUGUUCUGAUAAAACAAAACUACCAACCAAUGCAAGUGUGUCCCCCAGGAUUUGGAACUAUGAAUGUACAAGUUAAAGGAUUUCACUGUUCUGUACUAAGGCCACAUUGGAAAGGAGUAAAACAGUGAUUUUUCACAUCAUUACAAUAGGAAAAGAUUGUUUCUAUUAGAAGAGUUUUAGCUAUGUAAAUAGUUGAGACUUGUUUUACAUGUAUUUAUUUUCCAUAGAAAGAAUCAAAACAUACAUGUUUGUAUUAACAUUGAAAUGUAGAUUAAUUCACUGACUGCAUGUGUUUUAUUGACAUUUUGUUCUAUGAUAAAAUUUGUUUAUCCAAUCAUUUUUUACAAGGAAUCAUUUUUGUGGCGUGCAAUUUUGUUCAGGUAAAAUAUAUUUUAACGUGUUUGUGAUACAUUUAGAAUUCUGCAUGUAUAAUUUGCAUAACAGUUACUGAUUUCGAUUUAGUCUAAAAUUUGGACUGUUGUGUUUGAUGUUUUGGAAGGUUUUAUGUGUAUUUGUUAUAAUUGUACAGCCACUUGCAAAAGGGAGACUAUACUGGUACUGCACCAGAUUCAAAGUCUGAUGAUUUCGGAAUGCCACAGCAUGGACUCAUCCUGAUUUGUUUGUCUUUUAACUUUUUGACCACAAAAUAGAAAACAAAAAAGAUUGUGACGAGCCCCAGUGGUUACAGCAUAGCUGUUGUGUAGGACAAUAGAUGCAUUCCAUUAUACACAGUCAUUUUUGUAUUCUUUAUAUUCACCAUGAUAUGACUAGAAAAUUACCACUCAGUGUUUGGAAAUUGUAUGAACAGUUAUUUAUUAUAUCAUGUGCAUAUAUAGUAUUAUGUGUAGUUCUAUAUGUAGAGUGUGUGUUUUUGAUGCGUGCAAUAUGCGACCUUUGUUUUUUGGGUUUUUUUUUUACAUUUUCUAUUUUGAUCUCUGAAGUUCAACAUUAAUUACAGUAGAAAAUUUGAAACAACAAGGUAUACAUGUUUAUACCUACUGUAGAGAUUUCCCGGAACAAGUCUAUAAGCAUUUUAAUUAAGUGAUUUGUAAUUUACUGUCUGUGUCUUUACAGUCUUAAAAAUAUUAUGACUAAUUCCAGUAAAUUUUAUUUUUAGAAAUUUCAAAGGACAUUGUACUAUGUAUGCUCUGGGAUAUUUUAAAUUGUUGAGAAAAUAGUACUUUACAUUUAUAAAAAUUUUAUGUCUUCUCUGAAGAUUGUAGGUACAUUUACAAUGUUUCUUUGAAUAUCCAAGAUCAAUAUCAAAUUACAUGUAUAUAACUGUAGUUAAUGGGUUUUUUUUUCAAAUCAUAAAAACCUGACCGUGCUGUUAGAUCUCUGUGUACAACUACAUUUAUAUGCAUUUUGAUUAAAUUAUCAAAUAAUCAUUUGAA